CUCAUGAAGUAAUAUGAUUUGAGAAUGACUGUGCACCAUCCCACUCACAUGGGCUUACUACUCCCUCUAUUUAAACCCAUCCCCCCCCUCCCCUUUUCUCUCAAUCCCUUCCUACUACUCCACUAUCUUCUCUGAACCAGAGCACAACAACAAAAAAGAAAGAAAGAAAGAAAGAAAAAGGCCAGCAAUUCAGAGCGAGAUUCAAAAUCAAAAUGUUGGAUUUCACGUUUUCAUCAUCAUCCGAUGGGAGCAGGUGUGUGUGGGUCAACGGCCCUUUGAUCGUCGGCGCCGGCCCGUCCGGCCUCGCCGUCGGAGCUUGCCUGAAACAGAGAGACGUCCCGUUCGUCAUCCUCGAGAGGGCCGACUGCAUUGCCUCUCUGUGGCAGAAACGCACCUACGACCGCCUCAAGCUCCACCUCCCCAAGCAGUUCUGCCAGCUCCCUGACUUCCCCUUCCCGGAGCACUACCCGGAGUACCCGACGAAGACCCAGUUCAUCGACUACCUCGAAUCCUACGCCGCCCACUUCGGCCUGAACCCGCGCUUCAACGAGUGCGUCCGCUCCGCUAGCUACGACGAGGCCAGCCGAUUGUGGAAGGUCCGGUCCUCCGUCUCCCCCUCCGGCGAGGAGGUGGUGUACUUCUGCCAGUGGCUCGUCGUCGCCACCGGCGAGAAUGCCGAGCCGGUCGUCCCGGAUAUCGAAGGGUUGAAGGAGUUCGACGGCGAAGUUAUCCACGCCUGCAAUUACAAGUCCGGCGAGAAUUUCCGCGGCAAGAAAGUCGUCGUCGUCGGCUGCGGGAAUUCCGGCAUGGAACUCUCCCUCGACCUCUGCAACCACGACGCCAAGCCUUCCAUGGUCUGCCGCUCUUCUGUUCAUGUGUUGCCGAGAGAAAUCAUGGGGAAAUCGACAUUCGAAUUGGCGGUUUUGAUGCUGAGGUGGUUACCGCUAUGGUUAGUGGACAAGAUUAUGUUAAUCCUGGCAUGGUUAAUCCUCGGAAACGUCGAGAAAUACGGGUUAAGAAGGCCUGAAAUCGGGCCAUUGAAGCUCAAGAACACAGAGGGGAAAUCCCCUGUUCUUGACAUCGGCGGCCUCGAACUAAUCAGGUCGGGAAGAGUCAACGUCGUCCCCGGGGUCAAGAAAUUCUCCCGCAAAACGGUCGAGUUCGUUAACGGUGAGACCCUCGAAGCCGACGCCGUCGUCUUGGCCACCGGUUACCGGAGCAACGUCCCGUACUGGCUACAGGAGAGCGAGUUUUUCACGAAGAAUGGGUUCCCGAGAGCGCCAUUCCCAAACGGGUGGAAGGGGAGGAGCGGGCUGUACGCGGUGGGGUUCACGAGGAGAGGGCUUUCCGGUGCGUCAGCAGACGCCGUCAAGACGGCGCAAGACAUCGCCCGCCUCUACAAACAAGAGAUGAAUCAGAAGAAGUUUCGGACCGUUUCCGCCUUAAUCUCUGCUUAUUGAAUAAUCAGUUAUUAAUUAAUUACGGAUUUUCCCAUGGAUUAUGUGUAUUUAUAUAUAUGUAUACAGUGCUUACUGACAAUAGUGUAGUCCAGAAAAGCCCAAAUUUUGUAGGUUUAGGGCAUCAUUAAGCUUUGUACUUACUUAGGAUGUCGAGGUGAUUAGAGCUCUUUUUCCUCGGAUGCAUUUAUUUAUGUACCUAUCAAAUUACAAAUUUUUUUCCCUCUCAUAAAUACAGCCCAGAAAC